AGAUGACGUCUUCAAGAUGACGUACGUGUCGUCGUCACCGGUACUCCCACAAUUCAACUCGGCGCGCGAAAGCUGACUGAGGUAAACAACAGAAAAGUGCAGCUCGCUGACAGAUCUAGACCGAGUAACUGUAAACAAUGAGCAAAAAAGACAGUGCUGGUGUCGCACAGAUCCUCGCCUACCUGAAUGAGAAAAACAGACCCUAUAGUGCUCAGGAUGUCUUUACAAACCUACAGAAGCAGUGUGGUCUGGGUAAAACGGCUGUGGUCAAAGCAAUGGAGCAGCUGGCCCAGCAGGGAAAGAUUCAAGAGAAAGUCUAUGGAAAGCAGAAGAUCUACUUUGCAGAUCAGUCUCAGUUUGCGGAUGUGAGUGAUGCUGAACUUAAGGAGAUGGAUGCUCGUGUUGCAGAACUCAGUGCUGAAGUACAGACCAUCUCACAGAGCUGCAGGCAGCUGGAUACAGAACUGAAGGAGCUGAACAGCUCAUUAACCACAGCAGAGAUGGAGGCCCAGAUCCAGGAGCUGAAGGCAGAGUGCUCUGGGUACAGAGAGAGGCUGGAUAAAAUCAAGUCCGCUACAAACCAUGUGACCCCUGAGGAGAAGCAGAAGGUUUACAAGGAGAGAGAGACUUAUGUCAAGGAGUGGAGGAAGAGGAAGAGAAUGGUUACUGAUAUGGUUGGAGCUAUUUUGGAGGGGUACCCGAAGAGCAAGAAACAGUUUCUGGAGGAGGCUGGGAUUGAAACAGAUGAGGACCAUAAAGUGACAAUGCCCAACAUCUGAUGGAGGACUAACUGAUUAAAUUCAGAUGUCGCCAACAUCGUUGCUGGGACACCAGACCUUUGGAAAGGUUGGAAAGUAAUGAAGAGGAUUCUGGGACACCCUGAGAGAACUGUUUUGUUAAAAACCAAUCCUAUUUAUAAAAGUUCUGUUGAGUAAGAAAGAACAAACAAGCUGUAAAAAAGUUUGAACAUUGUUUAUUUUUCAAUUAAAAAAAUUAUACUGAUACAAAAAUAUUUCCCCCAGAUUCUUCCGUUGAAGUCAGAAAUGCAGAAGCACAGAGUCUAGUAUAGUAGUUCAGCAGACAUAGCCUCGUUUCUGUGAGCUGCCAUUCGCUCCACUUUAUGGCUUAAUUUGUUAAGACGUCCCUUAUUCCAGCACAGGUCAAACAGUUGAUUGUACAAUCAUCUGCCAUUUAAAAACAAGACCUCAAUACCUACAAAUCUGUCCUGAGUAGACUUCUAAUUUUCAUUACGCCUUAAUUAACAUUCAUUGAAAAUAUAAAUAGAAUUGGGCGGUCACACCGUGUGAAGCUGCCACCACGCACGGAUGCAACUGUGUCUUCAUUGAUAGCUUAUGCAGCACAUAACAUACUGAUCACAAGAGCUUAAACCGUUAUCAUACACGUAGAAUAAAACAUUGCGCUACACAAAGCUGAACAAAAACUGACAUAACAUGACAAAAAAGAGGUUUAUCUUCCAUUAUUUGUGCGCAGACACUGCAAUCUUUGGUUACAGCAUCACUGACAAAGAGGAACUAAGAUGGCUCAGCAUUGCCUAACUUUAAUUAUAUUAAAACAUGCCAGACAGCUGAUGCAUCACAGUGUAACCAGUCCUCUCUGCUCCCCUUUCGAGCACUAGGCUGUUCGCAAAUGUGAAAAUGUAGUUGUGCUUUGGAAAAUGAUUUGAACAUGAGGUAAAGAUGAAAACUGAAUGCAACACACCAAGCUUAAUCAUUCAAAGGCAGCUGUCUGGUUUAUAAUGCAGUAAAUCGAGACAUGUCUUUCACCUCAGUAUAUGGGGUGUGAAGCUGUCUUACAGCUGAGUAUUCUCUAUCAUAUUUUUGGUUGUCAGGAUGCUAUUUUAUCUUAGCAUCACAACUGCAGACUUUUGAAAAUUUGAAUACUGAUGUAACUCUUCUGGGUUUAGACUAGACUAAGAAAUGAUUGAACUUCAGGACUGAGGUGUUUCUCGAUAACAUCAACUAAACAGAACUCACUAGGGGUGCUCCGAUCAGCAUUUUUCAGGCCGAUUACAGAAAGCAGUAUCUGCCGAUCCGAUCACCGAUACCAAUCUUUUUAAAGCCUUCUUUUUAUCAUGUAGAAUUAUUGAUUUUGAUGAUCCAAUCAAGAGUUUUAGACAUUUAUUCAGGGCCUGAAUUUCCUUUUUGAAAUGAAUCCCUCUCAUGUUACUCUUGUAGGAGGAUUUUUAUUUAUUUUUUUCAUUUGAGGGGUGGAGGGGGGCAUUUUUCAAAAAUAUGUAUGUACCUCACCUAAAUGUUUGAUCAUGCACUGUAUUUUGUUUUUACAAUUGUGUAAUUGUUGCACAAUAGCUUACACAGCGCAAGCCUGAUUUUGUGAGCUGUAUGUGAGUUUCACACAUACUCUGUUUGCAGUGCGUAUGUAGACCAUGUGUGGUACAGAAGAAGCACGGACUGUGCUUUCACACAGGACUCUGCUCCUGGUCCAUGGCUGCUUACCACAAACACAUUUAUCCAUUAUUUUGAUUUUAAAUCCAAACAUUGUUACUUAAAAUGCUUUUUCAACAUUGUGAUUUUUUUUUUUACACAUUAAAGUAAUACAAUCUUUCAUCAAUUAUUCAAUGCUUUUUACUUUUGCAUUUACUUC